AUGCUGGCCACGCAGAGGGCGCUUGGAGCGUCUACUCGUCUUCUACGGCAGACUCAUGCUCCCAACGGACCUCAAUGGCGGUCCUUGCAACGUCAAUCGCCCCGCCACCUCUCCCAACACUCCGCACGCCAGACGCGAUCGAUAGCAGUCAUCUCCCGCCGAGCCCAGUCUACCACCACCGAUGCUGCGAAAGCUACAGCCGACUCUGCUGCCAAGGCAUCCGCUGGGGCUGCCAAGCACACAGCGAGGGCAACAGCAUCUGGUGGCUCGCGAGUAAUUGCAUACCUCUACGGCACUGGUCUUGUCAUCCUGCUCGGCUUCGGCUUCCUCUAUGUCACCGACACUCGCGCCAGCAUCCACCAAUAUCUGGUCGUUCCCUUCGUGCGUUUCGUACACAGCGACGCAGAGGAGGCACACCACGCGGGCAUCAGAUACAUCAAAGGGCUAUACGACUUUGGCUUGCACCCUCGAGAGCGCGGCAACAAGGAUCAAGAGUUGGCUGAUCUAAGAGUCGAGGUGUUUGGCCAUAUACUGGACAACCCGAUUGGUACCAGCGCGGGUAUCGACAAGAACGCUGAGGUUCCAUCGGCACUGUUCGCACUCGGACCUGCCAUUGUAGAGGUCGGAGGCGCAACACCACUCCCACAAGAAGGCAACCCGAAACCAAGAGUGUUCAGGAUACCAUCGCAGAAUGCUCUGAUCAACCGUUAUGGCCUCAACUCGGACGGUGCCGAACAUGUUGCCAUGCAGCUUCGUGAGCGUGUGCGACAGUUUGCCUACAGCCAUAGCCUUGGUCUCUCAGCCGAAUCCGAGCGGAUAGUGCUUGACGGCGAGGCAGAUGUUCCACCGGGCAGUCUGGUUCCUGGAAAGUUGCUUGCAGUCCAAGUUGCGAAGAACAAGACGACACCGGACAACGACAUCGCUGCAGUCGCAAGAGACUACACUUUCUGUGUUGAUCAUCUCGCCAAGUACGCCGACAUUCUAGUUGUCAAUGUUUCAUCUCCUAACACUCCCGGUCUGCGUGACUUACAAGCCACCGCACCUCUGACUGCCAUCCUGUCCGCUGUGGUCAACUCUGCCAAGUCCGUCGACCGGAAGACGAAGCCUGCUGUCAUGGUCAAGGUCUCACCCGACGAAGAUAGCGAUGCGCAGAUCGAAGGCAUCUGCUCUGCCAUCUGGGCUGCUGGCGUUGACGGUGUGAUUGUAGGCAAUACUACUAAGAAGCGGCCAGAUCCAUUACCCAAAGGCUACAUCAUGUCUGCCCACGAGAAGCAGACUCUCAAUGAGAUGGGAGGAUACUCUGGACCUCAGAUGUUUCAACGCACGCUAGACUUGGUCUCACGUUACAGGACGAAGCUCGAUCAGGCACCUCGGGACAACUCGCCCUCCAAGUCUCUCACACAGAAGUACCCAGCUCAGGCACCUCCGGUCGAUGACUGCAAGCCUGCACCGACCACUAAACUCGAGUCUGCGAACACAAUAGACGAGACCGUUCAGCGUGACGCAGCUCGACUAAAGCCACUCACGGCAGAAGCCGAACAAGAGAGCAAGCAGCCUCUGGUACAGAUACCGGAGAGGCACUCAUCACAAGAUGCCGCGCAGCAGUCAAACUUGAUUGGCCAGGGCUCAAGGUCCGAAGUGCCGCCUACCGAAAGCUCUUCUGCUUUCGCGGAGGGCAUCAACCGAGAGCAAGUUCUUGGUGGUCAAGGACCACGAGAAUCUGCACAAGCUGCUCUGGACAAGAUCAACACUCAUGAUGGCACUGAUGUCAGCGAGAAGCGGUAUGCCUCUGCAACAGACAAUGUUCCGGCCAAGUACAAGCCAAAGCCAGCGGAAAGCGAAAGCAUCGCGAGAAAGGCCAAAGACGCCGUCGCUAAGACCAAGGAAACUGCAAAGGAUACCCUGAACAAGAUCGUGCCUAGUACCGACCCUUCAUCGACAACAAGCCCCACGGCCGUUGAUACAAAGUCUGUGGCAUCACAAACGCCCAAGACAAACGACCUCCCCAUAUCUGAUCCACCAGCAAAGGUCAUCUUCGCGACAGGCGGCAUCACCGACGGCGAGCAAUGUCUCCAAAUCCUGAACGCAGGCGCAAGUGUCUGCCAGGUCUACACCGCCAUGAUGUACGGUGGCGUCGGCACCGUGACCAGGAUGAAGGAAGAGAUGAGAACAGCUAUCAAGCAGCAAAACAGCAGUAACAGAUGA